AUGACGGCCACGCCCGCAUUCAAAACUGAUGCCUUGAAAAGAUUUACUCGUAGGAACACGGUGUGGUACCAAAACAACCUUAAAAAAGUUUUAGAAGCUUGCAAAGAGAGGCACGUUAGGGACAUUGACACUAACAUCGCGAUGGCCGAGGAGCUCGAGGCGAUACUAAAUGAGAAGGUAGAGCUCCCGAGAGAAAUUGAACCACAUUUAUGUGAGCCAUUCGAAGACGACAGUUUAAUGAGACCAGUAGCACCGGAGGUAUUAGAUAUCCUGUAUCGCAGCACUGAGAAAUACGCAACGGAAAGAUAUUUAAAACGAAGAAACCACGAUUCACCAGAGGAUAAAUACGUCUUCAGAGUAGUAACGAGCUGGGACUACGGAUGGCAGCAGAAGCAGUCUAAACAACGCGCGCGUGACUUCAAUCGCGGACGCUGCGCUAUCUUACGCGACACGUUUUAUCGAAAGAACAACCUCAAGCCCGAUCCACCGCACUACGCCCAACCUAGUGGCAGUGAAUUCUCAACAUGCAGCGAGUAUUCUUGCAAUUUUAACUGA